CAGACACGGAUGCUCAUAUUGAGACCCUCCGCUUCAACAUUUCGCCUUCAUUCUACUAUUUUCUCGAAUUCCAUUUCCAUCGGGAACCUCCAAAUCUCGCCAGACCCAUAACCAUGGAAUCUUCCUUCACACUUCAGCUCUCUGAUCAUAUUUCUCGGUUAUGAGCUUUCAUGGUUGUUUAUUGGGUUGUUUUUUCAUUGGUUACGGACUGCACAAAUUCUGUGGUUUGGUUGAAUGUGUGGGCUUUGAUUUCGACAUAAGUAGUCAAAUUUUUAGAAUGCAGAAAUGGCUUUAAGAGCGAUCUUGGUAAAGAAAAGGCACCUUCUCAGUUGUGAGAAUCUGUCUACCAGCUUAUAUCUAAGGUUCUCCAGAUUUGAACAUGGGCAAGCAUCUCAAGCUGAUGAUUUACAGAGAUUGGGCUACAUUUCCGAUCCUCCACCUGCAGUUAUUGAUGGAGGAUGUGACGGUGGCUUAUCUUCAGUUUGUCGGAAGGAUAUUUUAUCCUUUCCAGCUGCAGAAUAUAUUCGAAGUAAUCUUAUAAAACCUCAAAUUUUUGGUCAUGGAAUUGGAAGAGGAACAUCAGCUUCCUGUAUGGGUUUUAGACAUGUCUUACAACUUUCACAUUAUUCUACAACAGCCACAGCUGGUCAACCUGAAUUUGGUGGUGAUAAUGAUAGGAAUGAAAAACAGGCUGCGAAUAGGAUUAAAGAGCCAUCACCAGAAGAUUGUGAUCAAGCAGUUGAAGGUUUAAGUACAGUUAAAGCAAAAGCUAAGCAGAUGCAAGACUCCCAGAAGAGUGCUGAAUCUUUAUUGAAAAGCAUAUGGGCUAAGAUUCUAGGAAUAGGUCCUGCUUUGAGAGUUCUUGCUUCUAUGAGCAGGGAAGACUGGGCUAAGAAGCUUCGCCAUUGGAAGGACGAAUUUAAAUCUACAAUGCAGCACUAUUGGUUGGGUACAAAACUUCUGUGGGCUGAUGUUAGGAUCAGCUCGAGGUUAUUGGUGAAACUUGCAAGUGGGAAGGGUCUUUCUCGAAGGGAGAGGCAGCAACUCACACGCACCACAGCUGAUAUUUUCAGGCUAGUUCCUUUUGCAGUUUUUAUUAUAGUUCCGUUCAUGGAGUUCUUAUUGCCAGUCUUCCUGAAACUAUUUCCCAACAUGUUACCAUCAACCUUCCAGGACAAGAUGAAGGAACAGGAGGCAUUAAAAAGAAGGCUAAAUGCUAGAAUAGAGUAUGCCAAAUUUCUUCAGGAUACUGUUAAGGAAAUGGCCAAAGAAGUCCAAAACUCCAGAAGUGGAGAAAUUAAAAAGACAGCAGCAGACCUCGAUGAAUUCAUGACUAAGGUCAGAAAGGGUGCUCGUGUUACCAAUGAGGAAAUUUUGGGAUUUGCCAAGUUAUUCAAUGAUGAGCUUACGUUGGAUAACAUAAGCAGGCCUCGUUUGGUGAAUAUGUGCAAAUACAUGGGUAUCAGUCCAUAUGGUACGGAUGCAUAUUUGCGCUUUAUGCUAAGGAAAAGACUGCAAGAGAUUAAGAAUGAUGAUAGGAUGAUUCAGUUAGAGGGGUUGGAAUCUCUUUCAGAAGCAGAGCUUCGUCAAGCCUGUAGAGAACGUGGUUUACUUGGAUUGCUUUCGGUUGAGGAAAUGAGACAACAGCUGCGUGAUUGGCUGGAUUUAUCACUCAACUACUCUGUACCAUCUUCGCUCUUAAUUCUUUCUAGAGCCUUCUCUGUGUCCGGAAAGGUGAGACCAGAGGAAGUUGUACAAGCAACUCUUUCCUCCCUGCCGGAUGAGGUUGUGGAUACCGUUGGGGUGACAGCUUUGCCAUCUGAAGAUACUGUUUCAGAAAGAAGAAGGAAAUUGGAGUUCCUAGCAAUGCAAGAGGAGAUGAUAAAGGAGGAGGAAGAAGAAGAAGAGGAGCUGGCUAAGAUGCAAGAAACUGCUGGUAGUCAAAAGGAUGUAGCACUAGAAGAGAUGACUAGUCCAACAACUGGAGAACCCAAAGAGAAAACAAAAACAAUGGAGAAACAAGAGCAACUAUGUGAACUCAGCCGUGCAUUGGCAGUUUUAGCAUCUGCUUCUUCGGUCAGCAGGGAACGUGAGGAGUUCUUACAACUUGUAAAGAAAGAGAUAGACCUGUACAACAGCAUGGUCAAGAAAGAGGGCAAAGACGGUGAAGAAGAAGCACGAAGGGCUUACAGAGCUGCAAGGGAGGAUACUGACCAGGCUGCUGAGUUGACUUUAGGUCGCAAGGUUUCUUCAGCACUUAUUCACAGGAUUGAUACGAUGCUUCAUAAGCUUGAAAAGGAAAUUGAUGAUGUUGAUGCCAAAAUUGGGGACCGUUGGCGAUUGCUGGACAGGGAUUAUGAUGGCAAAGUGACAGCUGAGGAGGUUGCAUCUGCUGCUAUGUAUCUCAAGGAUACCUUGGGCAAGGAGGGAAUUCAGGAAAUUAUCAGCAAUCUCUCCAAGGAUAGAGAAGGAAAGAUACUCGUUGAGGACCUUGUCAAGUUAGGCAGUGAAAUAGAAGAUGCUGAUGCAUCUGAAGCAGGAAAGUCAUAAAGGAAAUGCACCAUGUUACUUCAAGGGCAAGGGCAUCUUUCUGUUUUGAUUGGCUGUCGGAAAGUAUAUAGUGGUCGCUCUUUUUCAACUCUUGAAGCAUUGGUUUUAAUGUCCUUGAGAUUGGCUUUUGUUCCAUUAGUCAAUGACAAUGAUACAAAUGUACUGAAGAUCACAAUAAUUAAGAAAUUCUUUUUAAAUGCAAUAAUGAAUGGUCACCUUUUCUAUGGUGAAUUGUUCUUUUGACAA